GGAGAAUCUAGUAGUGGAUAGAGCAGGAGCUGGAGGUGAGUGUCAGUGGGGUUUGAAGCCAAACCAAGCCACUCUAUAUGUUUGCGCGUACGGCGGCGGCGUAGGUACAAAUAUGUUACCUAUUUCUAUUUCCGCUAUUCUAGCCUUUAUUUUCUGAGCGCCGGUCUUAGACUCAAGUUCAUCAAUUAGUAAGUACCUAUAAUAUCAUCUUACAAUUGAUGAGACACCCUGUACAUUCACGGGUUAACCGAUGGAACUGUAAAAUCGCUAGAUAAGCCGACCAGUCCGUUUAUUAAAAACGCUCAAGUAAAUUCAAAAAUUAUCUUUAUUAUUAAAAAAUUCUAAUGACUUGCGUGUUUUGUAUCAUUGUUGCCAUAAAAUUUGAAUUCAAUGAAGAUAACACCAACCAGUUGAUUUUGUUUAUUCUCCAAUUCGGUCAGAUUCUCGAUUAGACAUGUCACAAAUUCCUGUAUUUUUUACGAGAAUAUUCAAUUUGAAAAGAAAAAAUUUAUUUCAAGAACUAAAAAACUCUAGAACGAUUUUUACUUCGUUUAUUUUCAAUAAACAAGUACAGUUUAACCUAUCAGAUAUAGGAGAAGGUAUUCGAGAAGUAGUAGUAAAAGAAUGGUUUAUUAAAAUUGGAGAUAAAGUUUCGCAAUUCGAUAAUAUUUGUGAGGUACAAAGUGAUAAGGCAUCUGUUACAAUAACAAGCAGAUAUGAUGGUGUUAUUACAAAACUGCAUUAUCAAAUUGACGACAUAGCCUUGGUUGGUCAGCCGCUUAUCGACUUGGAAACCAGUGAAAAAGCCGAUGAAAACGAAGCAGAAGGCAAAUGUACAAAAGCUGAAAAUGCAUCAGUACAGAGAAUAGAGCCUGAGAAACUUCAAAGCCCACCUCUCUUACAAGAUAGUAACUCCUCUGAUAGUUCAGACAAGAACGCAAUAUUAUGUCUGCCGUCUGUACGACGCUUAGCAAAAGAAAACAAUAUAGAUUUAGCGGAGGUUAAGGGAAAUGGGAAACAAGGCCGAAUAUUGAAACAAGAUGUUCUAAAAUACAUGGAAGAUUAUCGAUCUGCAGAAAAAACUUCAAUUUCAUCUGAAACUAAAACAGCGUUUGGUAACGAUGAUAUUAAAAUAGAACCGAUCACAGGAUUCCAAAAAGCAAUGGUUAAAACUAUGACAGAGGCACUUAAAAUACCUCAUUUCAUCUACAGCGAUGAGAUCAAAAUUACAAAACUAUCCACACUUCGUAAAGAGUUGAAGGCUGUUCGAGAACUUGAUGUCAAACUCACCUUCAUGCCCUUCUUUAUAAAAGCUGCGUCAAAUGCUCUGCAAAAAUAUCCUAUUAUCAAUUCAUCGAUUGACGAAAAAUGCCAGAAUAUCAUUUACAGGAGAAAUCACAAUAUUGGUGUUGCCAUGCAUACAAAUCAAGGCUUGGCAGUACCGGUGAUAAAGAAUGUCAACAAUCUCACAAUUCUUGAUGUAGCAAGAGAACUCAAUAGAAUAAUUCAAACUGGAAAAAGUGGAUCCUUUUCUAUCAGCGACCUUAGCGGAGCAACGUUCACUAUAUCCAAUAUUGGCGUAGUGGGUGGUACCUACACAAAGCCUGUUAUCUUGCCUCCUCAAGUCGCUAUAAUUGCCAUUGGCGCCACUCAGAUUCUGCCAAGAUUUGAUCAAGAAGGGAAUAUAAUAAAAGAAGAAAUAAUCAACAUAAGUGGAGCAGCUGAUCAUAGAGUAAUUGAUGGAGUUAGUAUGGCCAGCUUUAUUGAAACUCUAAAGAAACAAAUUGAAAAUCCAAACCUGUUGUUUUUGAAUUUGUAAAUAAAUAAAAAAAGCGAUUUUAAAAAUAAAUAAUUUAUUAGUUUAAAUAUACCUACUAUACAUUAUAUAAAAUGGUUAACCCAUCCUCAACCAUAUCAUUAUAAAAUAAAAUAUCUAAGUUAAAAAAUGUGCUUAGAAAGCAUUAUAUAAUAUUUUAACAAUAAAACUAAAACAAGGAGUACCUAUGACAUUUCAAAAACAAUAUUUUUUAUACCUAAAUAGCUAAGCAAAAUGGAAUUAAAAUCGCGAAUUAUUGAAAAAAUUGAAAGUAAUACGGUUUAAUACAAUUCUGUUGUAGAUGUCUUAUUAUAAUUACCUUUUGUCAAUGACCUACAAGCAGUACAAGCUAAACUUAAUGCUUAGCUAUAUAGAAUAAAAUUAUAAACAAUUAAGAUUAACGAUACAAAAACAAUUACAUUUUCAAAAUUUAGUACGUAUAUGAAAGAAAAUGUGAAUGUUUUGAUCACAGUAAAUUUUUCAUGGACUUGUGUAUAAAAAUAACAAACAAACAAAGAUUCGUAAUUCCUAAAGGCGAAACGAUGCCACGACCUAUCAGGUUUUGGAAUAGUUCGAUUAUUCCUUCACAAUAAAUUUGUUCUUCUUGCUAAGUUUGAGAAUGCCAUGUUUAAAGAAAAAUGGACAUAACUAAUAAUAAAGCAUAAUUUCUUUCAUAUGUCAGAAUUGCGCAACUUAAAGGACAUCAUAUUUUUCAAAAUUUCCGGAAACACAUGUACAAAUAUUUUAAGCUCCAGGCAGAAAUGCGGUGUGUUGAAAUUAAGGAAUUUUCAUAAUCCUUCUUUCAUUUGAUGGUUCUGAUCAAUGGGGAUGAAACCCUCGGAAAAAAAAACUGCUAGAGAAUGAAUUGGAGAAAACAGUAUAGCAUAUUUUCAUCUAGACAUACACUCAAAUUUGCAAUGUAAAGACUUUAGUUAUAUGAUCAAAUCUCUGAAUGUUUUUAAUCAAUGACUCAAAUAGACCCAGGAGUACACGCGUGUCGGUCAAAAGGAACGAGCAUUGAUAAAAUCAGUAAUUACGCCACUGGUACAAGGGUGGCAGCUUUGUCCAUCCAAUAAUGCCUGAUGCAGGUUUUCCACUACCCAUUGGCCCAAAAAUAUUUUGGUUUUUGGUUGAUGUAUAGUUCGUUGUUCUCAUACUCUGUGCUUUUGACCAGGCGCGCGAACCUGAGUAUCUAAAAUAUUUGUGUUCAAAAUUGGCAUUUUCUGAUCUUCGGAGUACUUUUGGAUGUCGAUAAUACGCUAGCUAUACUGCAUAAUAUAUUUCCCUUUGUUAUGAUUAUGAAUUCUAAGAAUUAUAGUGCUUGUACACUAUUUUCGCGGAGACGAUCCCAAACGUAUCCUCAAUCCUGAAUUCUAAGGCAUGACUUACGCAGGUAAUAUUUGAAAGUUUCAUGUCUCUAUUGAUUAGUUAACCUGUAUAGGUCACGCCUUAGCGUUCAGGAUACGUUUGGGAUCGUCUCCGCGGAAAAAGCUAAUAAUUCAUAUAAACUUUUGGGCAGUCGGUCGAUUUGACCGUACGCGUGUAAUGACGUAAGUUUCUUGACGCGUGUAAUGCCGGGUUAAAUAUUAAAAUUUACUUAAAUGGUUAAUAAUAGUUAAAGGUGUAUCAUAAAUUUUAAAACAUUUUAUUCAAGCACUUUUUCAGGAAUAUUCUUCAAUAAAUUAUAGUUAGCUUACCCUGCUAAACCUAAAGCCUGAGUAAGUCAUGUGAUUGCCAUGACGUAUUUUACCGCCAUUUUUUUACUAAUACUCAACAACCUAAGCCUUUAACCAUUACUGGAGUUAGUCGCCGCUAUGUCCGUACUGCAUGGGCUUAUGGCAUUACAUGACUGACUCAAUAUACUUUAUCUAGGAAUCAUCCAUAUAUUGAAAAAAACAGCGCAAAUCAUCCAAAAAUAAAAUAAACACCAAAUACAACUUUUUUAUGUAUGUUUUGUAGAAUAGUAAAAACCUAACAGAAUAAAGUUUAGUUUUGCCUUUUAAAUUAACAGCCAUGAUAAUAAAUACAGGGUAGGCAAAAUGUACUUUCCCUUAUUGUUCGUUUAGCACGUUGAAUGCCACAAGGCACAUUAUGGUGUCUCUUUUGUGAAUGAGGAAACUAAAUACGCCAUAUGCCCCUAUCACAUUGAUCGCCGUUCAAGUUUGUUCGUACAGCAAGGCUAGUGUGCCUAAUAUGCUAUGUCUUUUUAUGGUGAAUGUCUUAUCCCGCUAGAGGUUUGAAAAUAUAAAAAGUACCAUAAGUCUAAAUCGCUUUUAGACACUGCUAGGUCAUGCAAUACGAGAGAUUGUGCUUUGUGGAACCAUGAUGAGAAAAUUGAGUUCCGAUUCACUAGAUAUUUCGCUAGUUACAAACUGGUUUUGAAACUUAUUAGUUCUAGUCAGUGCCACACAAGCAAGCAUGCCAAAUCAGAAAUCCAAAUUGACUGACAUGAACUGUCAAGUUCCAAACCAGUCUGUACCUAAUGAAGGGGAACUCAAUUUCUAUUUAAUAGAGAGUUAUUGGAAUUAUUAAAUACUGCCUCGCAGUAUAAGGAAUCUGCCUUAUUUUAUUAGUGCAACAGCACUAUUUUUCCAAGAAAAUAACAGUUAUUGGAAUACUGUAGGUCAGUGCUGUCCAACAAGAGGCCCGCGGGCCGCAUGCGGCCCGUGGCAGCACUUUUUGCGGCCCGCGGAGCAGGCCCCCAAAUUUAUAAAUUACUCUCAAAUAUAGAAUAUGCACAAUGCUUACAUUCACGAUAAAACGGAAAUAAAAAAACAUGUGACGCCACUGGCGAAGGAUAGAAAGUCGCAGCGAAGUUACUAGAAUUCGGACCGAUCUUGCUCGACAAUAGCUUUGUUUUGGUUUCACUCAGAACUAGUUCAGAAUCAUUCUGCACAUGCGCAUAAUAUAAAACGCGUUUUCGUUUUUUCAGAAUCGUAAUCGAACUGUGUUGACAGUGUUUUGGUUUAUCUAGAACUAUUUAAGAACAAUUCUGGGAUUGUUCUAGAAUGGUUCUCUCAGUUCUUGUUCUGAAGGAGGAACUGUUUCAGAAUUUUGUGAUUUGCGGCGUGUUUGGUUUCUUUGGUUCCGAAUCGGUUCAGAACUAGUAUUAGAACAGUCCUCUAUUAUUUUUGUGCGCAAGCAGUUCUCCGCAAUCCCAGAAACGUUCCAAAUUUCGAACCAAAUCAAAUUUAAUAUUCGAGAAGCCACGCGGCACAUAUAUCGUAUAUAGUAACGCGUUUUUUCUUUGUAUACCAUGCCUAUUAAAACUCACAAAUGAAGUUGCAUUUGAAGUAUUUUAUAAUGCGGCCCUCCAAACCGUAAUUUUGUUUAAAGUGGGGCUCUUGAAGUUGGACAGCCCUGCUGUAGGUGUUAGAGUAUUACCUUAUUUUGUAUUCAUAAUUUUGACAGCUGAUAGCUAUGUUUAUAAAUUUCAACCUCAAAAAGUGUUUAUUUUUGUUUGUGAUUUUCUGCUAAUACCCAUUUUUUGAUAUUACCUACAGUAAAAUGAAAAACUAUUGUGAAAAACAAAUUUUCUAGUAAAAUUAUGUCAUCGUCGAAAAGCGAAACGUCAAAGUCGUCAAAAAUGUCAGAAAUAUUGAAAUAAGGGAAGUUUACUGCCUCGCACUAGUUGUAUUCCUUUCAUACCUAGGAAGCUCCGGGGCAUUAGGCGCUUAUUCUUUUCGAAAAGUGUUUGUUGCACCUGAGUGCUCUAGCCCGACUCAAACCAUUUAAAUGCAUGAAAGCCAGUGCAUCUGUUCCUUUCAAAUCGGGGUCGACUAACACCGGAGCGAGUAGCUCUAGUGUUUCAAGCUCUUGAAAGGAAUAAAACUAAAAACCAUACACAAAUAAAGACAAGCAGUAACCUUAUUAAGGAAAUCCUUAUUUUCAGACCCAAAUGCGCAUGCGUAGAUGUCAAAAUAAGGCUAAUUUAAAUAGUGCUUGUCCUUAUUGCACGUCCAAUAACUCUCUCUCUCGCUCUAUUGUCUUGCCGGACACAAUCACUCCUAUUGCAUAAUCUAGUAGUGACUGAAAGUGAUACAAGCUUAUAGUAAGUACGAGUAGGUAGUGACUGUGUAUUUGUACACUUAACACCUUUUACUGGAAAGCCUGUGGAACUUACAAAUCUCGUUCAAUCUUUUGAGUAUGCAUCUGAAGGAGUAAGUCCAUUGGAUGGCAGGUGUGUAUACACAGUAAAAAUAUAAUUAGCACUUAAAAUUACAAAAUAAUAAAGUUGAAUAGGUACAUAAUAAUGUUUAUACCUUUCUCAAUAUCACUGCACGAAAGGCACUUAAUAUAAUGUUUAUACAGGGUGAGUUGGUUUUUCUGUCGUCAAAUUAAGGUCACAACCCUGAACAAUAUAAAAAUAAUCGAACAUUAACCUAGCAGCCGCCCUCCAGGAUACUAAAAUACAGGCUAAUAUGGAAUUAAUGUAAGAUAUUACAGAAAAAAAAUUUCCUACAUAAUUAUAUUUCUUAGUGUGAAUUACGUCAUAAUAAAGUUGCAUCAGCUAUCACUUUUGCCACUACUCAAAUAUAAGCUUUGUUACAGCUACAUAUUUGUUUUUACUAUUAGGCUGUAACUUUCCUAUUUUUUAGCUGUGACAACUUUUUUUCCUUAUUUGGACAAAAUAAUAUAAGUGUAUAAAAUAUAAUAAUAAAUUAGCAAUAACUAGAAUCAUAAAACAAAAAAGUUGAAUAGGUACAUAAUAUUGUUGAUACAGUCAAUACAUGGAAAAAUAUAAUUUUUUUUCUUAGUCACCGGAUUGAUUCCGGUAGCUAGUGAUGAUACUACUAGUGAUGUCAAAAAAGUGACUUAUUUCAUCGAUAAGACUUAUUUGUAUUUUUGUUGUGAUGAAUUUCAAGUUUCACCAAGUAUUGGAUAAAUUAAUAAACUUAGGUGAAUGGUCUUGUUUGUGGGCAAGUUUUUUCAAAACCAAUCUUAAACUAGUCAAUAUCCAACAAGGCUAGCCUGUCAGAACCGAACGAGAUUCUAUGCUGAAAUACAUCUUCAUGGUUAGUUAAGUACUCGAUACUCUAUAAUAUCACCUGUAAGUUUUGUUACAUUUAUGAGCUCAAUGUUUUUGUUUCUGAUGGCUUUCUUGUAAAUUUGCUUAUAGUCUAACACAUGAAAAGCUAUCCUCCAAAUUUGAAAAGAAACCAUACUAAAUAGUUUUAUAAAGAUUCAUGGAUGAAGAUUAGUAGAAAAAUUAUCUCAAUCUUCAUUUCUGCGAUUGUGUCCGGACAUCAUUCAUAUUGCCAAAUAUGGUAUCCGCCAAAAUAAACAGUACCGAAAUUUAGAGCUCUCAGUAAUUGCGCACGCAAGUUGCAUUUAUCAUAUUCUGCUUACUUGGCAUUAGUUAUGAGGUUGACAUUAAAUUAAGGUUAAAAUCUUCGUCAUUAUGUAUCUUUCAACUGAAGAAACAGUUUUCUUAGUAGAGCACUAUUUCCUUUCAUACGGAAUUGGAAGGAAUAAAGGCUCAAGUUUGAAACAAGCCUCAGAAAAAUUUCAGCAACCACUCUCACUAAAUAUUUUUAAUGACUUGCAGAAUCGUUAUGAAGCUUUUUUGCGUAGCUAUGAAGCAUUUUUUGAACAUAUACGCAUUAUACAAAUUAAUAAAUGAUAUAACCUGUAUGUUCGGUACUGUUUUAUUUUGACGGAUACUGUACUUUUUGAUACCAGGACUUAAAAAAAAAAUAAUAAUUAUCGGAGUGCUUUGAUUACACAAACGUUACGUCGCGUCGGUUUCCAUAAAUAAAUGCCACAGUGGCACAUUUUUGGCAUUAUUAUUUCGUCAUUUGUCAGAAGAUUUUUGCUUGAGAAGAUGUUUUCGAUACAACAAAAAAGCGGAAUAGUGAAUAGUUUAAAAAAUCGUAGCCAUCUUUAUUUUCGUUUUUAAGACCCUUUAAAGAGCCUCUAUUUACGACGGAUACUUGAAAUCUUACUGUAGUACUAUCAAGUCAUAGUUAUAAAUACUAGUUUUAUGAUAGGCUGUAGAGAUUGAUGUCUGGACAUGAUCAAAGGAAAGAAAAUUUGGAGAAGAAUGGCCCUUCAAUAACCGAAGAACGGUUUGUGAAGACAACAUUCACUUUGCAAGAUAAUUUUUGAUAUAAGCCCCUAUCUAAGUCAAAAUGUGAGCCUAGAAACGAGUAUCGAAUACUUCAAUAGAAAGUAGCAAAUAGAGGCUUAUAUUAUUAUAUUAUCAACAAGUACCUAUCUUGAGAACAGGAAGGAAUGAAGAUUGUGAAUAGAAUGGUCCUUGGUUAACCGAAGGACCAUUCUGCCCUCAAUUUUCAUUUGUUCGAUUGUGUCAGAACAUCAUUCACUUCACAACAUAUGAACUUGAUAUAAGCCUCUAUUUCUUAUGGAUACAUGACAUCUUACUUCAAUAUCAAGUCAUAGUUAUAAAUAUUGCUUCUGUGAUAGUUUGUAGGUGACAUAAGGAUUUUGUAAUAUUUUUGGCGUGGUUUCCAUAACUCUCAGCAAAAGGUCGUCCAGAUAGUCUUCAAGGUCUUUCAGUUUUUUUUUCUGUUUCUCCAGGUCACUCUGCGUCUCAGUCAAGGCCAGAAUCAAG